GAGGAAGAAGAGGAAGCGAGAAGCUCCCUCCAGCCCAUGCCGCAGCCACGGGCCCGGACCCGCCACGGCGCCCCCGAGAUCUGCAUGGACGGGCAUGGGCUUGAGAGCAGCACGUUCCUGCGCCCCCGCCGCCGAGCAGCGCCGCCAACCCCGGCCCUGCCCGCCGCCGCCGCCCCCGGCGCUGCUGCUGCUGCUGCUGCUGCUCAGCCUCGGGCUGCUCCACGCAGGUGACUGCCAACAGCCAGCCCCAUGUCGGAUCCAGAAAUGCACCACGGACUUUGUCUCCCUGACUUCGCACCUGAACUCUGCCGCUGACGGCUUUGACUCUGAGUUUUGCAAGGCCCUGCGUGCCUAUGCUGCCUGCACGCAGCGGACUUCGAAAGCCUGCCGCGGCAACCUGGUGUACCACUCGGCCGUGUUGGGCAUCAGUGACCUCAUGAGCCAGAGGAACUGCUCCAAGGAUGGACCCACGUCCUCCACCAACCCUGAAGUGACCCACGACCCCUGCAGCUAUCACAGCCACACAGGGCCCCGAGAACACAGGGGAGGAGAGCAGAGUCCCCCCAGCUACCUUUUCUGUGGCUUGUUCGGAGACCCGCACCUUAGAACGUUCAAGGAUCACUUCCAGACGUGCAAGGUGGAAGGGGCCUGGCCCCUCAUAGACAAUAAUUACCUUUCUGUCCAAGUGACAAAUGUGCCCGUGGUCCCUGGAUCCAGUGCCACUGCUACCAACAAGAUCACUGUCAUCUUCAAAGCCCACCACGAGUGCACCGAGCAGAAAGUGUACCAAGCUGUGACUGACGACCUGCCGGCCGCCUUCGUGGACGGCACCACGAGCGGCGGGGACGGCGAUGCCAAGAGCCUGCGCAUUGUGGAGCGCGAAAGUGGCCGCUACGUGGAGAUGCAUGCCCGCUACAUAGGGACCACCGUGUUCGUGCGGCAGCUGGGUCGCUACCUGACCCUGGCCAUCCGCAUGCCCGAGGACCUGGCCAUGUCCUUCGAGGAGAGCCAGGACCUGCAGCUGUGUGUGAAUGGCUGCCCCCUGAGUGAACGCAUCGAUGAUGGACAGGGCCAGGUGUCUGCCAUCCUGGGUCACAGCCUGCCUCGCACCUCGCUGGUGCAGGCCUGGCCCGGCUACACACUGGAGACGGCCAGCACCCAGUGCCAGGAGAAGAUCCCGGUGAAGGACAUCUACUUCCAGUCCUGUGUCUUCGACCUGCUCACCACCGGGGAUGCCAACUUCACGGCUGCAGCCCACAGUGCCUUGGAGGACGUGGAGGCGCUGCACCCGCGCAAGGAACGCUGGCACAUCUUCCCAAGCCCAGGCAGCGGGACCCGCCUUGGGGGCGGCAGCUGGCCCGUCUGUCUGGGACUCACAAGCUUGAUCCUUAUCAUGUUUUUGUAGGGAUUGUCUUUUAUGUUUGUUUGGAUUUUUUCUUUUAUUUUUUUGUCUAUAACAAAAUUUUAAAAUAUAUAUUGUCAUAAUAUAUUGAGUAAAAAGAGUAUAUAUGUAUAUACCAUGUAUAUGACAGGAUGUUCGUCCCGAUGACUCCUCCCCUCCUCCCCUUCCUUGCACCCCCACCAGAUUGUACAUACUGCGUUUGGCUGUUUUCACCUGUGUUGGAUGUAGUGUCUCUGAUUGUAUCAAUUUUGUUUUUGCUGUUUUGUGAAAUGUUUUAUAAUGUCCCUGCUUGGGGACCUGUUAGAAAGCACUUUAUUUUUUAUAUAUUAAAUAUUUAUGCGUGUACCUGGUUAACAUGUAGAAAACAUAUACACAGAUACCACGCCCAGCAGGCCCCUGGAUGGCACCCACAGUGGUUUGCAGCUCUGCCCUGCCUCUGGUCCCUCCUGCCCUUUCCCAUUGCUAGUCUUGCUGCAAGGGGUGUGCAGUUUCACUGGCCACCUCCUGGUGGCGCUGCCUCCUCCCUCGGCAUGGUGUCCGAAUUCCCAUCUCCUGCCCUCGCUCCACCUGAAAAGACAGUUGACACGCCUGCCCUCUUCCCCAGCUGCAGGUGCUUUUGACUGUUAAACACUGAUUUAGGAAGCCCUCCCUCUGUUUUGGGGCUGUCAGCAUUUCCAGCAGGUAGAGGCGAAUGACAACAGUUCCUUUUACUCUCAGUUCUCCCAGUGUUAUUUGAACAUGGGUGUUGUGUGAGGUUGAACCAUAGGAAGCUGCUGUUUUGGUUAGAUCAAAAGGUCUAAUGGUGGCAGUUUCAUAGAUAAGUAGCAGGUCCCUCCUAUACCCCAGUAGCUCUGGGACUUUUUCUUAUCCUCCGUUUAAACUGUAGUCCUUCCCUCUCUUAACUGUAUUUACAUUAAACAAAACAUGAAACCAUAAAGUAAUAACCCUGGCUUGCUUUUCUUCUCUUACGUGAGCAAGCGCUUAUUAUCAAACUCUGCUUCCUCAGCUGUGUGAGCCCAGAGGCACACACCCCCGGGAGGCAUGGCAUGCCAUGGGAUGCCAUGCCUCCACGCCCGGGAGGCCUCCUCAGCCUCACCUGAGGAGUCCACGCCCUGGAGUCUGCUGCACGUGGCAGAGGCCCAGAUCCUAACACAGGAGCCCUGCCCUCCGCAGCAUGGCCUGCAGUCUCACACAUCCUUCCUUGCACAGUACAAUGGAGCAGGAUGUUAAUGACCCAAGGGUGGCCUUGGCCUGGGUGCUCCCUAGAUCAGAUGUGUUGGUAACCAAGCGUUGUGCUCCCCCAAGUAGUCUGCUGGUUGAAAUCCCAUGCAUGGCCUCAGCUGAGUGACGGUUGCUCACCAUAGCUUGGUGUGGCCCCAUGUAGUCCAAGGAGCUCUCUCCUUGUCUCCUUGAGUGUUACCAGAGGAACAACAGCAGGGGCUGUAACUGAGAAGGCUGAUGUGAGGAUAUGUACAAUUUAACACAAAACCAGAGCUAGGCUUCCAUGCCAUGUUCCAAGAAGUGAUGUGGUGUGUACCUUCAAAGUUCAACUUUACCUGUGCACAAAAAAGGAAAACAAAGAACUGCAGCCACGUGAGCCAAGAUCAUGCUUUUAUUCUUGUGCCAUGUCCAAGGGUCAGAGGCCCAGACUUGGUAGUGAAGGAAGUUGUCAUUCUGGAUAGUCUAGAUGGUAGUGAAUGAAUGGGCCAUCUGUAGGGGACAUUGUGAGUAUGUAGAGAGAUGCGACAUUCUACCCUCUGAGCUAUGACCGAAGAACCUUGGGCAAUUUGGGGAAGUAGUGAAGACUUCUUACUGUGUUAAGAGACUCGGCUCCAUGGGUUAGAACCUAAGCCUGUCAACCUUUCUCACCCAAACUGGGCCGAGGCCCUGGACGCCAUCCCUGACCUGUGACUCCCCUGGUUCAUCUGCAGAGCUGCGGACCAAGUUCAGAAGCUCUUGUUAGCAAAUAACUGUUUAGUCAUUGAGUAGGAAAAGGGAGGGGAAAUGUUGAUACUUCUAAACCACUGUUUCUGUGCGGAUAGUAUAAAAAUGAAGCAAUAAUAGAGAUGUCUACAGUAUCUGGAUUGUAUUUGGUUCCCUUUGUCCUUUUCAGGAAAAGUAGAGCAGCCUGUGCUAAGUGGUUGGGGAAAUGAAAUUGAAUUCUGCCAUGCAGUGUAGCCGGGAAUGGCUUCCAGGCCACCAGCAUCACUGACAGUAACCUCAGUGUAUUUCACUGUUCUCCCUUGAAGAGCAGUGCCCCGUGAGAUGUUUACGGGCCCCCAAAGCUGAUAUGCAGAAAUGACCUGUAUUUCUCUAGAUAAAGGCAAGGAUUAUUGUCUCCCAUUCUGGGGUUUCUAGAGAAAAUGUUGCUUACAGGUGUUGAUUCUCAAAAUGCUGGUUGGCCAUCAUUUUCAGACCGGAGUUAUUCACAGGUCUCGGGGGUUGGGGGGAGAUGUUGAUUUUCACAUAGGCUCUACAUGGUUGGCUGCCUUGAAAAGACUCAAAAAAAAAUUUUUUUUUGGUCCUCUGUUGUGUUUGGAAACCCCCAGAGUGUGUCCAAUCUUUGCAAAGAAACCUUUAGAUGUGCUCCAUAGGUAUAUGGAUAAGUAUCUGUGUAAACCAGUGAGUGUGCAGUGUGUACAGACUUUAAAUUAUUAUGCUAGAAAAAUAAAGUUACCUACCAUGCU